AUGCCUUUCGAAAAGUUGAAUCUCAUAUUUGACUGGAAAAAAAUUGCCUCGCAAACUAUUAAUAAAUUUACGAGUAGCAAGAAACUGAUAUUUUUAAUAUUUGUCGUCGGAGAUGUCACGAAUUUCGUCACUUCAGUUUCGCCGAUGGACACCCAUCAUUAUCAUCAUUCAAAAUUGUCCGACACUCAUCUGCCCACUCAUGGCAAGUGCGAACCAAUCACAAUAGAGCAGUGCAAAAAUUUAGAAUACAACGAAACAAUAAUGCCAAACGUUUUGAAUCAAAUGAAGCAGUCAGAUGCCAAAGAAUCCAUAACACAGUACAGCAGACUGAUUCAGAGCAGAUGCAGUCAGUACAUUCAAAUUUUCCUUUGUUCAGUUUUUGUACCUGUGUGUACACAGUUAGAAACUGCACUUCCUCCGUGCAGAUCGCUUUGUUUGAAUUCAAAAUUAGAUUGCGAAUCAGUAAUGAAAGCUGCUGGUUAUGGGUGGCCAGAGGAGUUAGAUUGUAAAAAAUUUCCUGACGAUAACGUCAAUGUACUCUGUGUUAGUGUGAAUGGAUCAGAAAAGGAUUCUAGUAAAGAAGGGCGUAAAAAUAAAAAUUGGCCAAAUAAGGGAUCAAGAGGGGGUAAUGAUGGGGCUAGACAAGGUCCAAAGGAAUUGUACUGUCCUACUUUUAUGAGAGCAGAUUCAAAAUCUGACUACAGAUUGUUCAUUGGUGAUUCAGUGAUGAAGAGUUGUGGUAUGCCAUGCGGUGUCAAGGGAGAUAUGUUCUCACUUUCUGAUAAAAGAAAACUUGUCAGGUUGAUAAUUUGCAUUGUGGCUUGCAUCUGUCUGCUCAGUUCUCUUUUUACAUUUUUAACUUUCCUCGUUGACACGAGAAGGUUUCGUUAUCCAGAAAGGCCGAUAGUGUUCAUUUCUGCUUGCUACUGUGUUAUAGCCAUUGCAUAUAUUGUAGCAUAUGCACUGGACAAUAAAAUAUCAUGUUCAGAAUUUGUUGAGCAUUUUGAUGAUGACAUUUCAUUUCAGUCUGAACUGAUCACACAGGGUACAAAGAGAGAAGGAUGUACAAUCAUAUUCGUCAUGUUAUACUUCUCUACUUUGGCAAGUUGCAUCUGGUGGGUCAUAUUGACAUUAACCUGGUUUUUAUCUGCAGGUUUGAAAUGGGGACAAGAAGCUGUAGAAAGCAGAUCACAAUAUUUUCAUCUCUUGGCCUGGGCAGUCCCUGGAGUGAUGACCAUUGUGCUGCUGGCCAUGGGUCAAGUUGAUGGUGAUGCACUGACUGGUAUUUGCAACACAGGCCUCACCAAUAAAGAAAUUGCAACAGCAUUUGUUGCAGGUCCUCUCAUUAUUUUGCUGUCCGUUGGAAUAUUCUUCCUCCUUGCUGGAUUCAUCUCUCUUUGCAGAGUUAGAAAUGCUAUGAAGUUCGAUGGUAACAGGACAGACAAGUUGGAGAAACUGAUGGUGAGAAUCGGUGUAUACGCCCUACUUUAUGUUGUACCAGUUGCAUUCGUCGUUGGUUGUGUCUUCUACGAGCAUGCCUGGAGGACCGAGUGGGUGAAAGGCUGGUACCAUCAGACAUGUUCAGACCUCCUCAUGUCCGGGGAGGGCCAUUUUGGAAAUGUUUUUGAACUCGACUUUGAGCCAAACUACCUGCGAAGUAAUGUAAUCUUGCAGCAACAGCAGUGGGCCUGUGGUAACUACCCAUCCCACUUUGCUAAUUAUGCUGGUAGUAAACCCGAUUUGACCAUCUUUGUACUGAAACAUCUCAUGACACUGAUAGUAGGAGUGGCCUGUGGAUUCUGGGUGUGUUCUGGAAAAACUGCAGAAUCAUGGUCAAAGUUUUUCUGUCGCUCGAAUGAGGCCAGCAAGAAAAAUCAUCAGAAAGGUCAGCCAACACUCUUGUAA